AUGCCCCCUGGGGGAAGACCACCAAGGGGACGAGGCGGGCGGAACAAGGACAGAUUGUGGGAAUUUCAACAGCAACAACGCUCGUGGGACUACAAUGUUCGUGUGGAGGAAUUGGACACCGACGACGAGAUAUCGCCGCACGGUGUUGAGCCCGAUCAGGGUUAUGGUCCAUCAAGAUUUCGCUCAGAUGAGCUUCACUUUACUGGCAUAGAUUUAGGUGGGGGAGUUGUCCGCCGACGGCGUUCAGGUGAUUCAUUCGGCGAUGAUUUGACCCCUUCGGAUGACGAGGACGAUUAUGACCCUUAUGCAGGCCUCGUCCGGAGACCAGACAUGCAGAUGGCUUACAGGGAGAAAGAAGACAUGCUCGUCCAGAGAGCUCUGGAUAGGAUAGCGCGCGCCCGGGCUCUGGGUAAGCCCAAUGUCAAGUUGAGUCGAGCUGAAAUUGAUGCGUUGAAACGCCUAGAGCUCGACCGGAGCCAGACUCCUCCACAGACCCCUGCAGCAGCAGCGCCACAGGCUCCAAAGAGCAAAAAGGAAGUUGCCAAGCGCAAGCCAGUCGAGGUCCGCAAGGUGUCAGGCAAAAAGUCUUCUGGUGGUUCUCCUGCCAAAGGCAAGACCGCAGAUAGCCGCAACCGAGGAAGAAGUUCUGCCUCAAACAGUUCUCCACGCGAGAAUGUUGACAACUCGGUCGCCUACGCAUUGCCCCCGGCGGACGUCGACUACGAUCGAAGGUUGCCGUACACGCAAGGAUAUUAUGUGACUGGUCCGCGUCAGCUCGAACCGCUCCGCCACAGCUCUCGCACAAACUCCAACCAGUCUCUGCGGCAACAACAAAUGCAGCAGGCCCCCCCUUAUCAGCAACAUCCUUAUUAUUCGCAUCGCUAUUCCUCUAAUCCGGACGUUCUCUACAACAAUCACGGCUCCAACUCCCCUCGUUCCUCACGGCCUGACCCUUCCGAACCUAACUGGGAACCUCGUGCCCGCUCGACUUCCAGCCUGGUUAACGUGCCUCUGGAUCAGUUGCCCUACCAGACGAGUGUGGGGAGAGCGCCAAGGUUUGACCCUGCCGACCCACGCUUCGCCUCGCCACAGCGUCGCGUCGUGUCUGGUCCGGCGGGUGUUCUACCAAGCCACGUUGGGAUUCGUCGUCAACAAGACGAGCUUUUUCUUCCGGAUGAACAACCAGAGGUCUACAGAUACCUAGCACCAUCUGACACAGACAACCAAGACGAGGACGACAGCGACUACACCCCAGAAGACGAGGUGGUUGAAGUCACGGAAAGACCAAGUGGUCAAUACGCGAUUCAAACGAGAAGUGCUGCCGCAGGGACAUCAUCGCAGAGGGUUCGGAGUAACGGGAAAGGCACGGCCGGGAAAAGUAAAAAGGGAAGAUAA